UCUAGGACUCACUAGCUAGGUACCUACCUACCUACCGUUCGUUUUACUCUUGCCUUGCCUCUUAGAUUUAUUAUAAUUAGUUAUCUGAAUAAUGAGCAAGUAUGGAACUCCUGGUGGUACUACAUUUCGGUUGAGUGUCUGCUUAAAACGAUUCUACAACGACGAGCGUAAACGCUGUUACAUAUCUGUGGCCGCAGGACUUCGCUUUCGCUGGCUGACGAGGCGGCUGCAGCGGCUGUUCUCGCUGCCUGGACAUUUCUGUCUGGUUUCCGCUGGACACCUGUUGCCGCCAGACGAGCGUCUUGGUCUGCUGAACCCGGACGACGUUGUUGAAGUUAUACCAAAACUGAACAAAGUUUUUGAAGAAACAUCUAAUAGUGAAGAUGAGCAAGAGUUCAAUUUAAGUGAAUAUAAUCAUCUCUAUACAAAUGAUCAGAAAGAGGGCAUUCCAAUUAAUCCAAAGCAAAGCUAUACAACAGAGAUCAAUGAACUUCAUAAUGACCAAAUAGAUUAUCCACUAACAAAACAAAAAUUCUCCAAGUCAAUUCCUUGCAAAUGUGACUAUGCAUUUCCAAAUAGGCAACAGGUGAAAGACAACAGAAUCUUUCAAGAAGAACUCAGACAGACAGAUAAAGUGUAUGAUUAUGAGCAAGAUGCAGUAAAAACAAACACAUCAAAUUUAUUAGAACAAUGGAUGUCACAAGAGAUUAAAGAUGGAAAGUUAAAUGAAGCAGAAAAUAAUGGAUUAGAUGAAGUAAAACGAAAAGCUUUAGAAUUAUUGGAUAAGUGUAGCAUGCCUCAAAAAAGAAAAGGGAUAGUAGAAGCAGAAGAUGAAGAUAAUGUUGGUUUGAAAGCAAAUCCUGCAGAAUUAUUGAGUAACAUGCCUGAAAAGAGAAAGAGGAAGCGAGUCCGACGCCGCAAACCUUGCAUUGUUGCAGUUUCAGAAGACAAUAUAGAUUCUAUUGGUGCGGAGGAUAAAACCUUGCCACUAAACCCCGAUGACCAUAAACUAGAAGGCCACUCAAACCAAAUGCUUAAAGAUAAUUACACAGAAUCUACUCUUUCGGAAACACUAAUUUUAAGAAACAAUAUUGAACAGAAUCGAACUGCCCGACUUGUGUAUCCAUUGUUAUAAUUCAUUUAAAACUCAUGAAAUAUCAAAGUUGUUCUCGUAAAUGUAAACAUUGAUAAAUAUAAUUUGUAAAGAAGUCAAUUUGUAGGAGGGAUGACAGUCAAGGUGGUUUGUGGUGGAGAUUAAUGGAAGUUCAUGAAUGUACUUAUGACUUGUUAAGAAAAUGGACUAGACAGUCAUUUAAAAACAAGUAAUUUCCACAUAUAUUGAGCUAGGUACUUAUCUAUUGUUAAUUGUCAUAAAAUAAUAAUUUGGCAAUAAAAAGCUAGUUUAUUGAAAUAA